AUGUCCUCUCAUCCCCAGUCUGUGCCGCCGGGCCGGAGGACUGUGGACACGAGGCACCUGCCCAACCCUGCCACUUUACCACUGCAGCUGCAACGGGCACACACGGAAGUGGGACUGGUUGAUUACCACUCUCACCAUGCCAGGGACUACAGCUCUCACCUGUCCCAACCCCAUCGCCGUCGACCCUCUUUGCUUUCAGAGUUCCAGCCUGGGAAUGAGAGAGGGCAAGAGCAGCAUAUCCGCUAUGAGCACCUCUACCUGCCAGAGCCCAGCGGCCAAUCAGAGGUGGAGUAUGCAGAGAUGAAAAGGCCUCGCUUAGACAUGGGACCAGAGUCUCUGAUGAGGCCUUCAUCCCACCGGCAACAGCUGCCUAUGGGAGGGGCUGAUGAUAUGUCAAAGGAUCGUGGAAGUUCCAUGGGAAAGCUGGAGCCGAUCUCACCUGUGAGUCCCCAUAUGGACCCUGACUUGGAUCUGGUGCCGGCUCGCUUCUCCAAAGAGGAGCUGAUCCAGAACAUGGACCGCGUGGACCGGGAGAUCACCAUGGUGGAGCAGCAGAUCUGCAAGCUUCGCAAGAAACAGCAACAGCUGGAGGAGGAGGCUGCGAAGCCCCAUGAGCCGGAGCGGCCCAUCUCACCGCCACCCAGCGAAGCCAAGCACCGCAGCCUGGUGCAGAUCAUCUACGACGAGAACAGGAAAAAGGCAGAAGAGGCUCACAGGAUACUGGAGGGACUGGGACCCAGGGUAGAGCUGCCUCUGUACAAUCAGCCUUCUGACACCAAGCAGUACCAUGAGAACAUCAAAAUAAACCAGGCAAUGAGGAAGAAGCUCAUCUUGUACUUCAAGAGGAGAAAUCAUGCUCGUAAGCAGUGGGAACAGAAAUUUUGCCAGCGCUAUGACCAGCUGAUGGAAGCCUGGGAGAAGAAGGUGGAGCGCAUCGAGAACAACCCGCGGCGCCGAGCCAAGGAGAGCAAGGUGCGGGAGUACUACGAGAAACAGUUCCCAGAGAUCCGCAAGCAAAGAGAGCUGCAGGAGCGCAUGCAGAGCCGCGUUGGGCAGAGAGGAGGUGGUCUGGCCUCGUCUGCAGCUCGCAGUGAACAUGAGGUCUCCGAGAUCAUUGAUGGGAUAUCAGAGCACGAGAACACAGAGAAGCAAAUGCGUCAGCUGGCGGUCAUCCCUCCCAUGCUGUUUGACGCCGAGCAGCAGCGCAUCAAGUUCAUCAACAUGAACGGACUGAUGGACGACCCCAUGAAGGUGUACAAGGACCGGCAGGUUAUGAACAUGUGGAGCGAGCAGGAGAAAGACACUUUCAGAGAGAAGUUCAUCCAGCACCCUAAAAACUUUGGACUGAUCGCGUCCUUUCUGGAGAGAAAGACGGUGGCUGAGUGUGUGCUCUUUUACUACCUGACCAAAAAGAAUGAAAACUAUAAGAACAUAGUGCGGAGGAACUACAGGCGCAGAGGAAGAAGCCAGCACGGCCAGCAGCAGCAACAGCAGCAACAAGUGCACCGGAGCAGCCAGGACGACAAGGAGAAGGAGGAGAAAGAGAAGGAGGGAGAGAGAGAUGAAGAGAAAAAUGAAGCAGAGGACAAGGAAGAUGGAAUGAAGGAUGACACCUCUGGAGAAGAUGCAGAGGACAAAGAGCCCACUGUGGCUUUCAAGGGUCGACGCACAGCCAACAGCCAGGGGCGCCGCAAGGGCCGCAUCACCCGCUCCAUGACCAGCGAAGUAGAGGAGACCACCACACCGCCACUCAACAAUGAGCUUGCCAAUCUGGAGAUGAAUGAGAGCUCUCGCUGGACUGAAGAAGAGAUGGAAACUGCCAAAAAAGGCCUUCUCCAGUAUGGUAGGAAUUGGUCCGCCAUCGCCAAGAUGGUGGGAUCCAAAACCGUGUCACAGUGCAAGAACUUCUACUUCAACUACAAGAAGAGGCAGAAACUGGAUGAGAUUCUGCAGCAGCAUAAAAUGAAAUCGGAGAAGGAGCGAAAGGCCCGUCGCAGGGGCAAAUCCUCACAGAAUGAGGAGACCAGUGCAACUUAUACAGCAGAGGAGGAGGAAAUGGAGGGUUCAGGAGCAAGCGGCAAUGAAGAGGAGGCCCCUGAAGAUGGAGAAGGUGGAGCCAACAACAGCUCUGACACAGAGAGCCUGCCCUCGCCACACUCAUCAGAGGACAGCAAGGCUAAGGAGGAAGGCUCAGGCCGGUCAAAGGCCAGCUCCAGCAGCGGGGACAAGGAGGCAGGAGGGUCUGACAUGGGCCAGGCAGGGGAUGAGAAACCUCCUCUCAAAGAAGAUGCAGACUCGACCAUUAAGCAAGAGAUAAAGAUUGAGACAGGGGAACCCAGCAAGGAGCAGCCAACAGCGCCCAGCGAUGCCACAGAUAAAAAACCUCCUGUGGAGACAGAGGACGUCAAAAGCUCCGCCAAGAGCUCCAAGAAGGACCAUGGAGCCAAAAAAGACUCCCAUGGGGACAGUGACUCUAGUGCCACUUGCAGCGCUGAUGAAGUGGAGGAGACAGACAACACAGAGAAGAGCAGAAUGACUUCUCCAAGGCCGAGCCUGCUGAACUACGCUCACGAUGGGGUCAUCUCCUCGCCGCUGCAGAAACCCAUGGACCUGAAACAGCUCAAACAGAGGGCUGCUGCUAUUCCACCUAUUAUGCCAGAAGCCACCGUACAGGGUGCACAGCGAGGCGGGGGUGUCAAGUCAGUGCUGCCCCCGCAUGCCCUGGCACUGUACCAGCAGCAGAUCACCAUGGCUCAUGGGGAGUCCUCUCAGGAGGUCAAACAACAGCAGCAGCAGCAGCAGCAGCUCUCCGGCCAGCCAGGCAAACUGCAGCCUUACAGCUCACAGGCAGACAGAGAGAGGGAGGCUCUUCACAGCAGCAGCCCUCGCAUGCGCCCCCGCAGCCCCUCCGCUGGCGACAGAGAUGAGCUGGAAGGCAACGAGAGGUGGUUACUGACCCUCCUGCAGGGAUUAAAAAAGUCUCGGGAUUUCUCUCCGCAUGGUGAGGCUAAAAAGCAAGCACUGGGACCUGAUGACCUGAGGACCUCCAGCUUGGGUCGGCAGGUACUUUCCCCCUACCCGAUGUCCCCACGAGACAUGGCCAAGAUCAGUCACGACCAGCACUUGCUCCACUUCAACUCGUUCCAGCAAAGCCAUCCCUCUCUGUCGGGUCUGCCACAGGACGGUAGUAGACUAGCAGCAGUGAGGCCUCUCACCAUGCCAGAACCACCACCACUGAUUUCAUCCUCCAAGCCAGGAGGCUCCAUCACACAGGGCACUCCAGUGCAGUUGCACAGCCCGGCUCAUGGGUUAGACCACGGGAAGAUUCCCCCCACACAGAUGGGGUUGUCUUGGAUGGACCAAAGGAAAGUGGGUGGACCUUUCCCUGUGGUGAAGCAGGAGCAGUUGUCUCCUCGUAGCUCUUCAUCCCAACCUGACAACCUGUCAAUCCAGGGUUCUCCUCAUGAUAGUGCUGCUGGACGAGCAUCAAUGCCAGCUGUUCAGGGGGGGAGUAUUACGAAGGGCAUCCCAGGGACCAGAAUGCAUCCAGAUUCCUCCAUCUCCUACCGAGGGGGCUCCAUCACUCAGGGGACACCGGCUGAUGUGCUGUAUAAAGGAACCAUAACUCGUCUGAUCACAGAGGACAGCGCCAGCCGAGCUGAGAGGGAGCGGGAAGAGGCUCUGUCUAAAGGCCAUGUGGUUUACGAGGGCGUCAGUGCACACAUUCUUACAUAUGACCGUCCAUCUUCUCAGACCCCUAAAGAUGAGGGCAGAGGCCCUGGGCAGCCCGGGGAAAUCCUGGGCUUGAAGCGUCCUUACGAUGUUAUGGAAGGGGGCAUCUCUAGAGGACUCCCCAUGAGGGAUUCACUGUCUGCCACUAACUGUGAAGGUCUGAUUGGUCGAGCCAUGCCUCAUGACAGGGACAGUCCACACCACGCACCUUACAAGGAUGCUCAUCACACCCGUGGCUCCAUCUCACAAGGUUUACCUCGUCAUCUGGAACCUCAGGAUGGUUACCUGAGGAGGGAGGCUAAACAGAUGAAGAGAGAAGGCUCCCCACCCCGUGGGCCUGGCCCGCUCUCAGACCCGAUGAAGGGCAGAGAGGGGAUGGUGCCCACGGUAAAGGAGCCUGGGCGCUCCAUCCACCUCAUUCCCAGGGAGGAGCUUAGACAGCCUGGCAAGGAGGGCAUCAUAGCACAGGGAACACCCAUGAAGCAGGAGGCAGCUGGUUCAGGGAAACGCCAUGACGUCCGCUCCAUCAUAGCCAGUUCACCACGUUCCUACCAUAACCCCCCCUCCCACCUGGAGAUGCGUGAGAGAGGCAGAUAUGAAGAGGCACCUAAAGGGCGGCCAAGUGCUGUUGUCAGUACAGCUAGCCCCAUCGCCCGCUCAUCUCCCCUCACACUGGGGUCAGAGCAGGGAGGCAAGGCCCAUCACAGUCCAGUGGGCUACGACGACAAAGGUGGCCUUAGGAACCCUUACCCUGGGCCAUCACAUCGAGGAUCACCCCUCUCCAGGGAGGCAAGCCAAAGGCAGCAUGAUGGCUCCAGUAAGAAUCCUCAGCAGGAGCGCAAAGCCACACCAACCCCCAGGGAAAUGGCUGCUACCAAAUCACCACUACAGGGUGUUACCGAUCCGCAGGCCUAUGAGCGUCUGCUGCAGGGUCUUGGAGCUGCAGACGUGUACCGUCAAAUCCCCUUAGCCUUCGAUCCUGCAGGAAUACCCCGCGGCAUCCCUAUCGACCCGGCCGCCUACUACUUGCCUCGCCACCUAGCCCCCAACCCAGCAUAUCCUCAUCCCUACCCCUACCUCAUCCGUGGUUUUCCCGACACGGCAGCCCUGGAGAACCGCCAAACACUGCUCAACGACUACAUCACUUCCCAGCAGAUGCACCAGUGGCCUGCAGCCAUGGCUGCCCAGCGCUCAGACCUGCUGAGGGGUCUCAGUCCACGGGACCAGCCCCUUCCUCUGCCCUACUCUGCAGCCCCACGUGGAAUCAUCGAUCUUUCUCAGGUGCCACACUUACCUGUCCUGGUCCCUCCCUCUCCAGGGGCAGCCAGCUCCCCCAUGGACCGCAUCACCUACAUCCCCGGGGGAGGCACCACCUACCCUGGCAGGCCUUACACCACCCCCCCAAUCUCACCAGUUGGGUCCUCACACAUGAACAAGAUCCAAGGCGCGCCUUCCUCAGAGCGCGAGCGUGAAAGAGACCGGGAACGAGACAGGGAGAGGGAUCGGGAGCGUGAGCGGGACCGGGAGAGAGAGAGGGAGCGUGAGCGGGACCGGGAGAGAGAUCGAGAAAGAGAACGGGAGAGGGAAAGGGAGAGGGAACGGGACCGUGACAGAGAGAGAGACAGAGACAGAGAGAGAGAGAGAGAGAAGGGUGGCUCCAUGGGGAAUGUGGAGCACGCCCCCAUCUGGAGACCAGGUACUGAGCACAGCUUGGCAAGCAGCAGCAGCAGUGUGAGACCUUCAUCCCAGCCAUACAGCCACCAGCACUCCCCAGUGUCCCCUCGCACCCAGGAGAACGUGCAGCAGAGGCCGAGUGUCCUCCACAACACCGGAGUGAAAAGCCUCUCUGUCAGCGAACACUCCGGCUCAUCUGUGUUUCGGUCCAUGUCCUCUGGGUCAGGCCGCUACCAAGGUUACCCCGGCCACCUCCAAAGGACAGGUAUGCCCCCUGAGGCCUACCCACCUGUCAUGGACUCAAGUUUAGCCAAAGAGCAGAGUCGCGAUGGAGGGAAAAACAGGGGAGGUCUACCCAAGCACGUGCAGGACCAGCACGGGUCGUCAAGCAAAUCUGACCCCAAGAUGUCCAGCCUGAGCCCCGGAGGAAUGUACCCAGGUCCCUAUCCCCCGGCUUCGGGCCGGCCACAACACCUGCUGCCUCCCCAGUCGGAUAACCCCCCCGGUCGUGGAGAAAGCGGUACUCCUAGUAGGGAUAAGACUCAAAACAAAGCGAUGUCCAUUCAGGAACAAGAGCUCCGAGCACUCGCUCAACAGAAGAUAGAUCCACACAGUUUGUACCGCCCUCCGUCUGAAGAGAGACUGUCUCCAGGCCAGCAGCCCACGUCCCCCUGUGUGAAAGGCAGCCAGAGGGUGGUCACCCUGGCUCAGCACAUCAGUGAGGUGAUUACUAAAGACUACACCAGGCAGAGUCAACAGCAGCAGAGCUACCACGGUUCUCCUGUCCUGGACCUGACACGUCCACCCAGUGCCACCCAGCCUCCACCCACCUCACAGGAGUCUGCUGGAGGGCCCAGAUACAUGGACAGCCUUGGUGGAGAGCGAAACAGAGACCGGUCUCCUCCUCAGCCCAAGUCAUCCCCGGUCAGCGUUUCAAAUGACGGCAUUGAACCGGUGUCUCCUGCUGGAGCAAACUCUGAACCCGAAGUCCAGGGAGGGGCCUCCUACCCCAACGAGCAGGGGGAGCAAGGGAUGGGCUCUCGUUCCCCUCCCAACGCCUCCCAGCCUCCAGCAUUCUUCAGCAAGUUAACCGAGAGCACGUCAGCGAUUGUGAAAUACAAAAAACAGGAAAUGAUUAAGAAGAUGACUGUGGUAGGAAACGAAGGGGAUUUCAACGCAGGUCAGCCUGGAACAGAGAUCUUCAACAUGCCGGCCUCUACAACCGCAGGACCCGUGAGUGUCCGUAGCCACCCGGCACCAGAGACUCCCGGAAACUCAAUCGGCCUGGAGGCCAUUAUAAGAAAGGCCUUAAUGGGCAAAUACGAUGACCAGUCUGAGGAGCGCCCUCCAUCCAACCCUGCUAACAUGAUGGGUUCCAAUGUGUCUGCUAACAUGGCAGACGGACGCGGGGAGGACGGUUUCUCACAAGGUGGGGGAAAAUCGUCAAAGGGCAGCGGGCGCUCGAACGGCCGGAAAGCCAAAUCUCCAGGACCGGGUAUGUCAGGAGGGGAGAGACCGUCCUCUGUAUCCUCAGUCCACUCUGAGGGCGACUGCAACAGGCGAACUCCUCUCACUAACCGUGUGUGGGAGGACAGGCCUUCAUCCACUGGUUCAACUCCGACUCCCUUCCCCUGUAACCCGUUGAUAAUGCGUUUCCCCAGCGGAACUGUGUCGGCCCCCUCCCCCUCCUCUGGGCAGCAGGGGGGCCAGGGACCUGGGUUAGCACCUGGACAGGGCAGAUCCUGGGAGGAGGAGCCCAAACCGCUUCUCAUGUCUCAGUACGAGACCCUGUCUGACAGCGAGUGACCCAGAAGUCCACCACACCACAGGACCCAUUAACAACCAACUAUGUGCUGCUGCAGCCACACACACACACUCACACAUGCCCACACACACACUCAUACGCACCUGCAAACCUCCCUGCACCAUUCCACUCUGCAUUUCCUCUGUCGGUCAUCGAGAAAGGACCAUGUCCUCCUCUCACACACCUGAGACAACAACAAGAAGAGCUGGAACACUGCUGCUCUGUGUGUGCGUGUGUGUGUAUGUUAGCACUUAUGCAUUCACUCCAGGACUACUCUAAAGGACAAAUCACUUUUUUUUUAACUUUUACUACUUUUCCUCACUGGCCUUAUCAAUAAAGACACAUUGACCUGCACCUUUUGGGUGCAGCACUCUAAUGUGCUGACACUUUGCGAGGACGGGACUCUGAGGUCGUGUUGUUGGUCUGAUCACAAACUUGACGAUGAUUGCUCCAGUGACAGAUUUUAAGCAGCAACCCGCACACCUCUCACGUUCCCUCACGGUGGACUCCACUACAAAAACACGUGCGAGGGGGACAAGAGGAGAAUCAACAUCCUGUUUUCCUUUUUUUGGUUCUUUCUUUUGAAUUCAGUCAGUCCAGUCCUGUGUUUGGAACGUGAGCUGAGACCUGUCGUACAUUUUGAUGGUGAACUUUUGAUGGUGUCAUUUGUUGUCUAUUAUCUGCAAUGAUGUAUCUUUUUUGGGGCAGAGAUCCGGGGGCAGAGAUUGUGAUGCGAGAGGGUCAUAUCAUUGGUUUACAGGGUAAACAUGCUGUUCAUGCUGAUGUCAUAUAUUAGGGGAGGGAGGGGUCCCGAGGAACAGAGAAGGCCUGUUGACUUCAGGCGUCCACGUGGGGAGAGAUGAUUUGCCAGAUGGAUGGCACUGAAACAAGUGACACUUUCUCACUGUUUUUAUAUUAACCAUGUCUGUGUUUGUUCAAAAGGUUUUUGAAAAUUAAGCACUUAGUUGUCAAUCUGUUCACAAUGGCUUUUUUAAGAAUCAGUGUUUCCUGGGGCAGGUUAAACAUGGACUCAAGAAUAGAAAUCCCAUCAUGGAGGUAUCUUUUAACACCUGUCUGUUUAAGUUUUGGUUUCGGUAUUCUUCAUCGCUCCCACACUCAAAGCGACAAUCACAUUUUGACGCUUCGAGCAGGUGCAGGCAAACCUUAAAGCUGCUCUCAGACUAACUCCGCAGCGUCUCUUGGAACUUGCUCACAUCGAAGAGGUGAUGUAUAAAAAGCCAUCUUUCUCUUACCCUUGGUCCACAGCGGGGUCAGCGUCAGCUGGCAUGCUUGAAUCCUGUCUUGGAGUUGUUGUGACAGUCUGACCUCUGACCUUUUACUGCCUAGAAGAGAAGCUGAAGCCCGACUCUUUAUCCAGGCAGAUUUUUGUACAGUAACAAGAUAUUCCUAGUGUUAAGUGCCAUUUAUUUUACAUUUACAGAACUGAAUUUAUCAUCUGACGCACAAGUUUUUCCUUUUAGCCCCCCAUGACAGGGUAAACUGUCCACGCAGGGAAAUCUGAAUCAAACACGCAAACAAAACAUCCUCUUUUAAAAAUCUUUUCGUGUAUAUUCUUUUUGUCUCAAAGUCAUGACAGCCGUAGCUUUUAACUGUUACACUCUAGAUUUAUCUUCAAAACAAACUUAAACUGCACCACAGGACCCGCUAAGACAGGCCUGUGGCAGAUGUUCUCUCUGCUGUGAGUCUUUUUACAUAUUCAAGAUUACUUCAUCACACCUCACGUCUUUCUGUUGGUCAGAUGAAGUUGAGGGAAAACAUUCAUUCUGUUAGUUUUCUCUCAGUUUUUAAACAUCUCCUCCUUGUUAAUGUUGUGAAAUAGUUUAAUCUUGUGCAGGCAGGGGUUUUGUCCUCUGGACGCUCUGAAACGCUGGUGGUGAACACGCUGAGCGUUUAAAGAAAGACGAAGCUCUCGCAACUGUUUCUCAUUUUGUCACAACACAAACAUUGACUGUUAUUGGACUACCUCCUCUCCCUCCAUCAUACUUGUCGUUGGUAGAUUAUAAACCAUCCCACACCAACAUAUAGUUUUAAGGUCUUAUUUUUUUUUUUCCGCCUAGAAGGACGGUUCAUAAUUUCGAAGCAGAAGUUUGUCCAUCGGUCUUUCUUCAUGUAUAUCAUUUAUCCACUGAUGAAAUGUAAGAAUGUGACGGUAAAACAGACUAAGCCAUAUCCAGCUGCUCCCUAAACAGUUGACAGACUUACACAUUGAUUUUAAAAAGUAUACUGAGAUGAAUUUUAACAUGCAUCAUUUUGUUUUUGUGCAUACAGUUUGUUUUGAUAUCAGUCAUGUCAACAAAAUCAAAAACAGUCAUUCAAAGCAUCACAGUUGAUUUCUGACGUGUUCCCUGGACUGUCCAAACAUGGGUUGGGUUUUUCGGGGUGGGGGGGUGGGAUUGACUUAAACAGUACAUUCAUUGUUCAACCAUUUUGUGCAUAAUGAUUUUUUUUUUAUUAUAACCCACUGUAUAAUAGCAAGGAUUGUAUAUAAAACUGAAGAGAUGUAAAUAUUUAUGUGGCUUGCUUCAAGGUUGGUAUUACGAUAAAACAAAAAGAAAAAGAAAUAUUCACAUGGUUAAAUUCUACAUGCCCACCAGCAAGCUUUGUGGAUAGCAGUGUAAAAAUGAAAACAAAAAAGACACUGCCUUAAUGUUUAAAUAAAAAGCUUAUUGCCAUU